ACUCCACUACCUUUUUUCCCCUUUCUCCUCUUGUCAAGGGAAUCGUUAGAUGAAGACAGAGUGAAGUAAAUAUAGUGAAACUGACCACUUAAUACACGGGAGAAAUCAUUUUCAAUAUUGAUAUUAGCUAGUAAAAGUGGCGAGAAGCCUUAGUUAUCGUGAACUGUCGUUUACACUUUUUUCCCCUCUGGAUAAAGUUUAAGAAUCUCCGGAUGGACCCAGCCCUGUUGAGGGAGCGGGAGCUUUUCAAGAAGAGAGCUCUCUCUCAGCCAACUGUAGAGAAGAAGGUUGUACCUUCAGAGUCCAGUGGCUCCAAGAAAAAGAAGUCCAAAGGUGAUAAAGAAGUCUCCAGUUCCAAACAUGGAUCAGACGCCAGUAAUGGUAACUUCAAUCUGAAGGCGUUGACUGGCAGCAGUGGGUACAAGUUUGGUUGUUUGGCCAAGAUAGUGAACUACAUGAAGACCAGGCAUCAGCGUGGAGACACACACCAUCUGACCCUGGAUGAGAUUCUGGAUGAGACCAAACUCCUGGAUAUCGGCAUGAAGCAGAAACAGUGGCUGAUGAGUGAGGCAUUGGCCAGUAACCCUAAGAUAGAGGUGAGGGAUGGAAAAUAUGCCUUUAAGCCUAAGUAUCACCUGAAGGACAAGAAGGCCCUUCUCAGACUGCUGGACAAACACGACCAGCUGGGCCUGGGGGGCGUUUUACUGGAUGAUGUGGAAGAAGGACUGCCCAACUCAGCCAAGGCCCUGAAGGUUUUGGGAGACCAGAUAAUCUUUGUGACCCGACCUGACAAGAAGAAGAUUUUGUUCUACAAUGACAAACACUGCCAGUUCACAGUAGAUGAAGAGUUCACCAAGCUGUGGCGCAGCAUCCCAGUGGACUCUAUGGAUGACGAGAAGAUCGAGGACUACCUGAAGAGGCAGGGCAUCUCCUCCAUGCAGGAGACUGGGCCCAAGAAAGUGUUGCCAAUGAAGCGGAAGAAGCCGGGUGGACAGAAGAAGAGACGGUUCAAGACACACAACGAUCAUCUGGCUGGAGUCCUGGAGGACUACUCAGAGGGUGUUCCCGCCAAGAAGUGAUGUUACUUCCUGUUUGUACACCUCCCAGUUCCUUUUUCCUGACCCAGAGAAAGAGGAGUGACCUGGGAGUUUUUGUAGUUUGUUUUCACCUGAAAUACAUUUUGCUGUCUCACCAAAACCACAACGAGGAGGCUAUGUCUGUUUCGCAGUGGCGUUGACGUGCUUCCCUUCCUUCUGUCCUCAUCCUCCAUUAUAGUCAAGGAGAGGGGAUGAGGAAGGGAAGACAUUUAGUAGAAUUGAGGCAGGUGAAGACUGAUUGAAUGUGCGCUUGUGAAAAACCACCAAGCCAAAGAGGCAUUUAAAUGGUGCUCCACCCUCUAGUUUUAGACAGUAUGACAGAUAAGCUAGCAAAAUGCUGGUAAUUCUUCUAAAUUUCUAGGUUUUCCCGAAAUACCUGAAAUCAGCAAAUGCCCUUGGUAUUUGGGAAUGCUUCAACCAGGAUGUCUGGGAAAAAAUUUGGGAAUUUGGGGAAACGUACAACUCUUGUGUUAAUACUCUUGUGUUGAUCUCACAGUGUGACGCCAUGGACUGUGUGUGAUAUGACUGAUAAUGUGUGUGAAGUUCCUUUUUAUUUUACACUGGCAGUGUCAUCUGCUGUGGUUAGUCCCUGCGUUACACUGGCAGUGUCAUCUGCUGUGGUUAGUCCCUGCGUUACACUGGCAGUGUCAUCUGCUGUGGUUAGUCCCUGCGUUACACUGGCAGUGUCAUCUGCUGUGGUUAGUCCCUGCGUUAGUUAAAAGGGUCACGAUGGCAAGUGUGGCCCAGGAGAGAUGCAAAAUGGUGCAGGAUUUUGUUGCGGACCAGCAUUUACGCAUCUAAAUCGGCCGAUGAACGAACAAGCCACCCGGGUGUCUUAUCUGCUCACAUGCUCUUCAGAGAUCCUUUUUUUUUUUUUUUUUUCUUUUUUUUUUUAAUCACCGGUUUUGUUAUAACUUUGUGAUAUUUAAUUCUAUGGGUUAACCUGGCUCUGAGCUCCGUUGAAAGCACUGGAGUUUUGCUUUUCAUUCUAGUGUUACAAGUGAUAUCCAUGUUAAGAACUGAACCAUCGAGGCUUCAGUAAGGUGAGUUGGCAGUGUAGGGCUGGAACAGAACCCUGCAAGGCCUGAUGCUGUGCGGGACUGGUGUCGGUUCAGCGACUUCUGUUUUCUUCUGGUGCUUUCGUCAUUACCGGAGCCCAAUGUUACUCCUAGCAUUUUGCCAGGAACUUUCUAACAGUUGCACACAAUAAAGUGAUGGGACAACA